AUGGAACAUUCAUCUAUUCAAUUCAUAGAUUUACCUGAUGAAAUACUUUUGAUUAUUUUUACCAAAUUAAACACUAUCGAUGCACUCAAUUCUUUACUGGGUGUAAAUAAACAACUAGACAAUAUUAUACAAGAUCCUAUUUUUACAAGUCAUUUAACAUUGUUUAGAUGGUCAUCAAAUGAUCGUAUCGAUCCAUUAGACCAUAAAGUAGUUAAUCAAUUUUGUUUACAAAUCUUACCACAAAUUCAUGAUAAAAUUAAAUGUCUUAAUCUUGAAUUGUUAUCUAUGGGACGUAUUCUUCGUGCAACCAAUUAUCCUAACUUAUGCGAACUUGGUUUAUACAAUAUUGAUGAGAAUACUGCUACAUAUCUAUUUUACCAUGAACAAUCUUUCUUUCAUACUUUCAAAAAACAAAUAUCAUCACUUACUAUUAAACUUGAUGAUAAAAAACAACCAUUAAUAAGAAAUAUACUAACAUAUAUAUUUACAUAUAUUUUGACAAUGUUCACUAAUUUAUGUUAUUUAAAUUUUCAAGCAUCUUUAAUUUAUUCUCAACAAGUAUCAUUUGACAUUGUACCUCGAAAACUUAUUUUCUCUUCAACUUUAUUAGAAUUACAUGUUAAUUUGGAAAAUUUCAAUGAUUGUCUUUAUUUACUCAAUGGUCGUUUCAAUCAACUUCAUACAUUUCAUGUUAAUAUUUCUACUAUUCGUUCAGAUCCAACAAUCGAUAAUAAAGAAAAAUUAUUUAAUUUAAAAUAUUUUUCAUUAACUUGUGAUGUGAAAACAUAUGUAUAUGAUAAAUUAAUUGUGCCACUUUUACAACGUAUGUCAAAUUUAGAAAAACUUGAUCUACAUCUAUUGAUUGAUCAUAACAAAAUAUUUGUUGAUGGUAAUGAUUUGAAAAAGAAUAUUAUUAAUUAUUUAUCAUAUUUAAAAAUAUUUCAAUUUGAUAUUUAUUCAUUUAUUUCUAUUUAUAAUCAAAUUAAUUUACCAUCGAAAGAAGAUAUUCAACAUACAUUAACAAAUCUUGGAAAUAAUCAGAUUAUUUCUUGUGUUAAUUAUUUUUCUAAAAGUAAAAUAGGUUAUUGUCAUAUUUAUUCAUAUCCAUUGUCAAAUAGAAUAACAUAUUAUCAUAAUAUUACAAAUAAUUUUCCAGAUGGAUUAUUUAAAUAUGUUCGAAAAAUAUCAUUAUUUGAUGAAUAUUCAUUUGAAUAUGAAUUUUUUAUUCGAAUUUCUCAAUCAUUUCCAUUUAUUGAAUAUUUAUCUCUAAAAAAUCAAACACCACAAAAUCACAAACAAUAUCAAGAAACAAAUUUAUCAAUUGUUCAAUUUCUUCAUCUUACUGAAUUAGAUUUUCAAGAGGCUCAUGAUGAUUAUAUAGAACAAUUUUUAAUUGAUACAAAAACAUCUUUACCAAAUAAUAUCUUAUUCGAUAUUGAUUAUCAUCAAUUGAAAAGAGUUACACACACUUUUACAAGAGCAGCAACACGAAAUAAUUGUGCUAAAUUGGUUCUUUCAUUUCUUUCAUUUGAUGUUCUCCCAUUGGUUGAAUUUAUUCUACCAUCAGAUAUAAAUGAUGAAGAUGCUUUAAAUCUCCUUGAACAAGUACCAAAUAGUCAAUUAGAAAAUUCUACAUCAUCAACAAAAAUAAAUCAAUCAACAACAAAUCGUCUCGUUAUAACUGAACAAGGAAAUACAACACGUGCUGAAGAUAAAGAUCCAUUUUUAAAAAAAAUGAGUAAAUAUAGUUCGAAUCCUGAUGAAUAUCGACCUGUUGUUGUUGAUCGUGCUUUACUCAAAGCCAUGGAUCCAUCACUUGUUUUCGUUUGUAAAUGGCCAUUUCCAUUAAGAUGGAAAUGGUAUCGAAUUAUUGUACCUGAACAACCUGUUGGUCGAUGUAGACAUUGUAAUAAGUUUUUUCAUAAUGAUGAAUUUGAAUUGGCUUUAUUAGAACAAGGUGGUUGUCCAUUCUGUCGCAAUAAAAGAGAUAGUGAUUUGACAGGUGAAUAUAUUUCAUUAAUAAUCUUUUCGAAAGAUUUAUUUUUCAUUAGAGUAAUUUAA